AUGCAGAGACUGGCAACUAUCCAUUCAGUGCCCCUUCCCAGCCCGGAACGGUUUGAACUCGGAACUUUGGAGUGUCGGCAGGUUGCUGUGACAGGAAGACAUUGUUUGACGGACAGUUUACUCUUAUUGCUCGGUUCCGGCUUGUUGCUGCUGCCGGUGUGUCCUCCGGGUGCUGAGAGGUGAGGAGGGACACAGGGUGGGAACCCGAGUCCUUGCUUUCUCUGUGAGGCUGCAAGUCUGGGGAAGUUUAAAUAAAGUUAUUGCCUUUUCCCAUAGGGCUUGGCACAAAUAUUAGGGUGUAGACCCCCCUGUAUCCCCUCUAUAUGUCACUCCAUGGGUUAUUAGGGUGUAUCCCCCCCUGUAUCCCCUCUAUAUGUCACUCCAUGGGUUAUUAGGGUAUAGACCCCCCUGUAUCCCCUCUAUAAGCCACUCCAUGGGUUAUUAGGGUGUAUCCCCCCCUGUAUCCCCUCUAUAUGUCACUCCAUGGGUUAUUAGGGUGUAUCCCCCCCUGUAUCCCCUCUAUAUGCCACUCCAUGGGUUAUUAGGGUGUAGACCCCCCUGUAUCCCCUCUAUAUGUCACUCCAUGGGUUAUUAGGGUGUAGCCCCCCCUGUAUCCCCUCUAUAUGGCACUCCAUGGGUUAUUAGGGUGUAUCCCCCCUGUAUCCCCUCUAUAUGUCACUCCAUGGGUUAUUAGGGUGUAUCCCCCCUGUAUCCCCUCUAUAUGUCACUCCAUGGGUUAUUAGGGUGUAGACCCCCCCUGUAUCCCCUCUAUAUGUCACUCCAUGGGUUAUUAGGGUGUAGACCCCCCUGUAUCCCCUCUAUAUGUCACUCCAUGGGUUAUUAGGGUGUAGACCCCCUGUAUCCCCUCUAUAUGUCACUCCAUGGGUUAUUAGGGUGUAUCCCCCCCUGUAUCCCCUCUAUAUGUCACUCCAUGGGUUAUUAGGGUGUAGACCCCCUGUAUCCCCUCUAUAUGUCACUCCAUGGGUUAUUAGGGUGUAGACCCCCUGUAUCCCCUCUAUAUGUCACUCCAUGGGUUAUUAGGGUGUAGACCCCCCUGUAUCCCCUUUAUAUGUCACUCCAUGGGUUAUUAGGGUGUAGACCCCCUGUAUCCCUUCUAUAUGCCCCUCCAUGGGUUAUUAGGGUGUAGCCCCCCCCGUAUCCCCUCUAUAUGUCACUCCAUGGGUUAUUAGGAUGUAGACCCCCUGUAUCCCCUCUAUAUGUCACUCCAUGGGUUAUUAGGGUGUAGACCCCCUGUAUCCUCUCUAUAUGUCACUCCAUUGGUUAUUAGGAUGUAUCCCCCCUGUAUCCCCUCUAUAUGUCACUCCAUGGGUUAUUAGGGUGUAUCCCCCCUGUAUCCCCUCUAUAUGUCACUCCAUGGGUUAUUAGGGUGUAUCCCCUCUAUAUGUCACUCCAUGGGUUACCCUAAUAACCCAUGGAGGGGCAUAUUAUAUAUCUUUUGGGAAUCUGUAAAGGCGUGGUGUUUAGCAGUCGUCUUUUUCUUUCUUUCUUUUUUUCUUUUUUCUUUCCCCACAACAUCUUGAGUGAUAGACUGUGUUUUUGGUUUUGUAGAAAAGAAAAACUCUUCCUCACUGUCUGUCUUCAUUCAGUAUGUUUUUCUGCCUUACUGGUCUGUAGAACCGCUCUUGUGGAGGCCCUUAGCGGAGUCUGGAAGGGGUCCAGUGGCCGUGGACUGACCAUGGAGAAAAUGGCCAGAGUCACCACGGCCCUGGGGGGCAAUACCCUGACCGGUCGCACAAUGUUUUGCCACCUGGAUGCCCCUGCCAAUGCAAUCAGCGUUUGCCGUGAUGCAGCUCAAGUAGUGGUUGCUGGUCGAAACAUCUUCAAAAUCUAUUCGAUGGAGGAGGAUCACUUCGCGGAAAAGUUAAACCUGAGGGUAGGUCGUAAGCCCUCUCUCAACUUUAGCUGUGCCGACGUAGUGUGGCACCAAAUGGAUGAGAAUCUGUUGGCUACAGCUGCUACUAAUGGCGUAGUGGUGACGUGGAAUCUUGGCAAGCCGUCCAGAAACAAACAAGACCAACUCUUUACAGAGCACAAGAGGACUGUGAAUAAGGUCUGUUUCCACCCAACUGAGGUAUACAUGCUGCUGAGUGGCUCACAAGAUGGAUACAUGAAAUGCUUUGACCUGCGUAAAAAGGACUCUGUCAGCACUUUCUCAGGUAACUUUGAAUAACUUACUUUAUAGGUGUCUCUAAUGUAUGUGUUAUGGUGAUAAUUGUGGUUGUUUGCAAAGGAUUGAUUUGAAUGCAGUGCAUUGUUUUUAGCAACGUAAAAGGUCUGUGUGAGCGCUGGCGUAAUAUUGAAGAAUAAGUAUUCGCUCUGGGCUGUGUACAGUCAUAAAGGGGAGCCUGCCAGGAGGCUUUGCAGCUUCUGCAGUAAGCUCUGCUGACAUAGCAAUUCACUCUGUUUUAAUAUUCCUUUUAAAUCUAUAAAAAAAAGCUGGAGCUUUCAUGGUCAAAUUUUUGUCAAUUCCCAGAGCCAUGAGAUUUGGAAUAUAUUUUGGGAUGCCCCAUAAAGCCCAGUGAUUUAGUCUAUGGAGUACAGCUAGUGAUGCGGGCUGAAGUGUUAAAAAAUGACCGCGCCUGCAAGGUAAAUCUUCAGGUGAACUUGAAUUGCUUUGUUGUACUCCCUGGCCUACUCAUGCCGAGCUGGAAUAUAACCUUCAGGUCUUAUUUCAAAAUAUACAAAUACCCUUAGGAUGACAGAGCUGCUUUAAUUGGUCGAUGAUGCCAGGUCCACUUGUUUUGGAGAACUAAAACUUGAUUUCUAAAUUAAAGAAUAACCUAACCUCCAUAUUGCAUCUAACAUUUGUGGGUGCCUGGAGUGUCUCUUUAAUGUCGUUUGUAAGCAGUUGUAUCACACAUCUUGUGAUUUUUUUUAUUUUAUUUUUUUUUUAAAGAGAUCUUGGCCUGUUGACUAGAAGGAGAUGAGUGUUUACAUUACUACCGUCUGUGUUGACCGUAUGGAGGAGGGGAAGUAACCACAGGCAGGGUUCUGCAAAUAGAAAAUGCACUACUCAGCAGUCUCUUAGUAUCCUAGUGCAAACAGUAUCUUAACACCAGUGUUAAUGUGAAGCUUUCACAGUUAGCAGUUGGUGUUUAAUUUAUCAGAGCGCAAUUUUGUUAUGUAUAAAUCACAAAGACCAUGAAAAUAGUGUUAUUUAGUUUAAAAUAAAAAUUGGCAAUGCCAGAGUAGCAUUUUUCUGAACAUUCAAUAAACACAUUCUCUUCAAUAACAAGAAAUCAUGAAGACUGGGAGGUGGGUGGAAAAUGGUUCCAAUAAUUUGGAGCUGUAAUACUGCUUAGUUACACACCUUGUGCCAUGAUCUGUCAGGCUAUUUGUUGCAGAGCUGCAAUUUUAUAAUCCCAGGAUCUCUGCUGGUAGAAUGCAAUAACCAAGUACAAAGCUGGAAGCAGGCAAUAUUCCCAAAUCCUCCCAAGAACCAGACGAAACACAGUCUGAGAGUCAACUGCCACUUUAUUAAAAAUAACUGAUAUUUAAAGCAGGUCACUCAACAGGGGUUUCCAAAGAUGGGCAGCAGGGGUUUUGGUUGAGGGGACUGGAGGGAGACUACCGUUUCCAGGUCCUCCUCCCAACAGCCCCUGCUGUAACAUACAGUAAUGAAAACUACGAGGACAUAAACCGUUACCUUUCUACUUCAAAAUAUACAACUUAGUCAGUUUUAAUAGCAAUGCUAACGAAUGGGGAGGAUUCGAACAGACAUACACAGUACAGCAUAAAUUAAACAUAGCCGGAGACGCCACACUAUACCGGCGCGCAGUACACAACAGAAAAUAGGCACAACCAUUCUAUCUUAGGCAGUCCCAAGUGGCUAGGUUUGCCACACUAUUAUUGGGAAUUAAAGAUGCCCAUGUUUAUUAUAAUAAAGGAUCACUAUAUGGUCAGGAACAAAAACAUGUAUUCCUGACCCUAUAGUGUUAAAACCACCAUCUAGCCCCUCAUGCCUCCAUAAAUAUAGUAAAAAUCUUACUGUAUUCAAGCCUGAAGCUGUAACUCUGCAUGCUGUUAGACUCAGAAAAACAAGCAGUCUGCUGACAUCAUUAGAAGUGGUGGCCUAAUCCAAUCACAGUGCUUCCCCAUAGGAUUGGCUGAGACUGACAAAGAGGCAGAUCAGGGGCAGAACCAGCAUGAUUCAAACACAGCCCUGGCCAAUCAGCAUCUCCUCAUAGAGAUUAAUUGAAUCAAUGAAUCUCUAUGAGGAAAGUUCAAUGUCUGCAUGCAGAGGGAGGAGACACUGAAUGUUUGGAUGCAUUUUAGGCAGCCAUGACCCAGGAAGGAUCUCUAACAGCCAUCUGAGGAGUGGCCAGUGAAGUUAUCACUAGGCUGUAAUGUAAACACUGCAUUUUCUCUGAAAAGACAGUGCUUACAGCAAAAAGCCUGAAGGUAAUGAUUCUACUCACCAGAACAAAUUCAAUAAGCUGUAGUUGUUCUGGUGACUAUAUAGUGUCCCUUUAAUAUGUGGUGCUUUAUUUUUCUUAAAAUUUUUAUAUGAAAGUGAGGGAAAGCAUUUGGGAGAGGUAAGAUAUAGGGGGAAAACACCCAAAACUGAGCAUUAUUGAGGCUAUAGGAAGGCAGAGAGACCUCAAUUUGGUGAGGGAGGGAAUAACAUAAUGCACAUGUAUGGCAAGCAUCGCACACAUUAGUCCUGUGCCAUAGGAAAGCAUUGAAUCAGUUCUUUCCUAUGGGGGAUGUAGAUGCUGGACAUUCUCAUGCAAAGCGGAAUCCAAUGUUGUUUCACAGUGUUAAACUCCAUGACACAGCAAGAGGCGCAUCUACUGCCUGUCUGGUUCAACCCUGCAAUGUAAACAUUGCAAUUUCUCUGAAGCUGCAAUGUUUUUUAGAUUGCUGGAAUAAGGGGACAGGGACACUGCACUCAGAUCACUUCAAUGAGAUGUAGUGGUCUGUGUUCCUAUAUUGUCCCUAAAAUACGGGCACUGCACAUGCUACAUAGGCUGAAAAGAGACCUGUGUCCAUCAAGUCCAACUGUUCUUACAUCAGUUUUUGCUGUUGAUCCAGAAGAAGGCAAAAAACUCAGUUUGCAGCACUUUCCAUUUUUGCAAGAACCUGGGAAAAACGAUCACCAUAAUGGCAGUCAGAUUUCUCCAUGUAUCAAGAUGCUGUUUCAGGGUAGCUUAUACAGGGAGUGCAGAAUUAUUAGGCAAAUGAGUAUUUUGACCACAUCAUCCUCUUUAUGCAUGUUGUCUUACUCCAAGCUGUAUAGGCUCGAAAGCCUACUACCAAUUAAGCAUAUUAGGUGAUGUGCAUCUCUGUAAUGAGAAGGGGUUUGGUCUAAUGACAUCAACACCCUAUAUCAGGUGUGCAUAAUUAUUAGGCAACUUCCUUUCCUUUGGCAAAAUGGGUCAAAGAAGGACUUGACAGGCUCAGAAAAGUCAAAAAUAGUGAGAUAUCUUGCAGAGGGAUGCAGCACUCUUAAAAUUGCAAAGCUUCUGAAGCGUGAUCAUCGAACAAUCAAGCGUUUCAUUCAAAAUAGUCAACAGGGUCGCAAGAAGCGUGUGGAAAAACCAAGGCGCAAAAUAACUGCCCAUGAACUGAGAAAAGCCAAGCGUGCAGCUGCCACGAUGCCACUUGCCACCAGUUUGGCCAUAUUUCAGAGCUGCAACAUUACUGGAGUGCCCAAAAGCACAAGUUGUGCAAUACUCAGAGACAUGGCCAAGGUAAGAAAGCCUGAAAGACGACCACCACUGAACAAGACACACAAGCUGAAGCGUCAAGACUGGGCCAAGAAAUAUCUCAAGACUGAUUUUUCUAAGGUUUUAUGGACUGAUGAAAUGAGAGUGAGUCUUGAUGGGCCAGAUGGAUGGGCCCGUGGCUGGAUUGGUAAAGGGCAGAGAGCUCCAGUGCGACUCAGGCGCCAGCAAGGUGGAGGUGGAGUACUAGUUUGGGCUGGUAUCAUCAAAGAUGAGCUUGUGGGGCCUUUUCGGGUUGAGGAUGGAGUCAAGCUCAACUCCCAGUCCUACUGCCAGUUCCUGGAAGGCACCUUCUUCAAGCAGUGGUACAGGAAGAAGUCUGCAUCCUUCAAGAAAAACAUGAUUUUCAUGCAGGACAAUGCUCCAUCACACGCGUCAAAGUACUCCACAGCGUGGCUGGCAAGAAAGGGUAUAAAAGAAGAAAAUCUAAUGACAUGGCCUCCUUGUUCACCUGAUCUGAACCCCAUUGAGAACUUGUGGUCCAUCAUCAAAUGUGAGAUUUACAAGGAGGGAAAACAGUACACCUCUCUGAACAGUGUCUAGGAGGCUGUGGUUGCUGCUGCACGCAAUGUUGAUGGUGAACAGAUCAAAACACUGACAGAAUCCAUGGAUGGCAGGCUUUUGAGUGUCCUUGCAAAGAAAGGUGGCUAUAUUGGUCACUGAUUUGUUUUGUUUUGUUUUUGAAUGUCAGAAAUGUAUAUUUGUGAAUGUUGAGAUGUUAUAUUGGUUUCACUGGUAAUAAUAAAUAAUUGAAAUGGGUAUAUAUUUGUUUUUUGUUAAGUUGCCCAAUAAUUAUGCACAGUAAUAGUCACCUGCACACACAGAUAUCCCCCUAACAUAGCUAUAACUAAAAACAAACUAAAAACUACUUCCAAAAAUAUUCAGCUUUGAUAUUAAUGAGUUUUUUGGGUUCAUUGAGAACAUGGUUGUUGUUGUUCAAUAAUAAAAUUAAUCCUCAAAAAUACAACUUGCCUAAUAAUUCUGCACUCCCUGUACAUGAAAUGAUCUCUGUGUGCGCUUUAAAUGUGAAUUUUUUUUUUUUCCACUGUAAAAUAUUAAUACAUAUCGUGGAAGAGUUUAAUUAUAUCUAUACAUUCAGAUUGAAGCUAGACUUUUUUUUUUUUCCUGUUUUUAAUUUUUUGGAAAUAUUUUUGACAAUUUAAAAAACAAAAACAAGCCCCCCAACUUAUUCUAAUGAUUUUAAACUUUCUAGGUCAGUCUGAGAGUGUUCGAGAUGUGCAAUUCAGUAUCCGGGACUACUUCACCUUUGCGGCCACUUUUGAGAACGGAAAUGUACAGCUCUGGGAUAUUAGGAGGCCAGACCGAUGUGAGCGGAUGUUUACUGCCCACAAUGGGCCUGUUUUCUGUUGUGAUUGGCACCCCGAGGACAGGUAGGAACCCAGUUUUUAACAAAUGCCUGCACUCUUGUGGGGGGUGACUCUUGCGUGUUUUGGUGUAUAGAUCAUGCCCCUGCAUUUCUCUGCCAUUUAGGAGUUAAAUCACUUUGUUUAUGCAGUCCUAGUCCCCGUGCAUAUGACCUAUUCAGUCUCCCUACUUAUUUCCUGUAAAGAGACAUCUCAUGUUCAUACUUUAUUGUAAAGUCUGAAUUUAGAAUUACUUAUAUCGUUCUGUUAAUAGCCCUCUAGCCUCCUGUGUGUAAUUAAAAGCAGGAGAUAAAAACUUUAUAAAGUAAACGGGUCUGAAUGAAAUAAAAAAAAUUUUCAUGUUGGCUCUUUGAACAAACAAAAGUGAUUUUUAACUCUUUUAAAUAGUAGAGAAUUGUGCAUGAUCUAUAUACCAAAACGGCUUUGUUAAGCUAACGUUGUUUUGGUGCUUAUAGUCUCCAUGAUGUUCGGUUUUGUCAUUUUCCUUUACCUCUCAAUUUGUGUCCACGCCCUUUUAUAGAGGAUGGCUAGCCACUGGUGGGCGUGACAAGAUGGUGAAAGUUUGGGAUAUGAACACCAAUCGUGCUAAAGAGAUCUAUUGUGUACAAACUAUAGCAUCUGUAGCCAGAGUCAAAUGGCGUCCUGAGCGAAAAUACCACAUUGGGACCUGCUCUAUGAUGGUGGAUCAUAAUAUAUACGUUUGGGACGUGCGUCGGCCGUUCAUUCCCUUUGCCACUUUUGAGGAUCAUAAGGAUGUAACUACAGGCAUUGUAUGGCGCCACCUUCAUGACCCGGACUUUCUUCUCUCUGGCUCGAAGGAUAGCACCCUCUAUCAGCAUAUUUUCCGGGACGCGAAGAGGCCCAUAGACCGUGCCAAUCCAGAAGGCCUAUGCUAUGGUCUCUUUGGUGAUCUCGCCUUUGCAGCUAAGGAAAGCCUCAUCACCUCAUCAUCUUCUUCACAGGACUCCAACCGAAAACCGUACGAUCGACGACACCCAAUCUUUUUCCUUAGAAGACCUGAUCCCAUGGAACCAUUUGAGAACAUUUCUAGUGGGCUCAGUGUUUUUGAGGCUGGGGGAGAUGACAUGCGUUGGUUCGUAGUGACUGCAGAAAGAUAUGCCCUGGCAGGACGCCCUCUAGCAGAGCUAUGUGACCACAAUGCCAAGGUGUCAAGAGAGUUGAAUCGAUUCCAAGUGAGUAACUGAAAUAACACAUAAUUGCCCUAAAAUCUAGGAGCCAGGGGGAGAAGUUAGCAGCCAGAUAACAUUUUCACUAAUCUGCUACACACAAAUGUAAUUUGCCAUCAUGCUCACCAUGCUCUCUUUUGUUUAAUGCAGUAGGAUUGCUUACUGCUUUGUCAGACACUUGGUAGUCAUUGUCUGAGUUUUAGGGGCAAGUCAUUGAUUAUAUUAUUUUCCAGGUUGCCCAGACAUGGACCAUGUUGAGAAUUAUCUAUGGCACACCUGGUACAGUACCUCCUGCCAACCUGAAUCAUAGCAUGGGAAAAGGGAGUGCAUCUCUGCCGCUGCUGAAUAGGUCAGUGCUUACCCCGUUCUACAAGCAAAAAAAAAAAAAAGACCUGUUUGAAGUGGCCCUAAUCUGAUUACUUGUUGCAGCUUUAAAGAAAUGCCUCCAGGCUUGGGCAAUGAGGCGCGGUUAGAGCACAGCAAAGGGGAUAGCCGGGCAGACAGCAUGGAUCCUACGGCAAAUAACAAUGAAGGUGAAAAGGCUGACGCUCAGAACCUUGUACUGUCUGUAGUUCCCUAGUGAACCGUGUAUGUCACUGUGCCAGUUACAGGUAUCCCCAUGUACUGUCAGUGAAUAUAACAUUGGCCAGACGCAAUUUAGCAAGUUUGAGACAGGCUCCGUGUGAUAAUGAGAAUUGUUACUUUACCAUUACUCAGAACAAGUUUAGCGAGGGUAAAAUUUUCAUUGUCCAACGAAAUAUGGAAAUCAAUUUAUUUCCCCCCCUUUCCUCCCCAACAAAGUGUUUGUGUGUGUGUGUGUGUGUACGAACACACAGCCCACACCACCCACCCACCAUUGUUGGAAUACCAGAUUAAGGGGAAUAACAAGGAAAAAAUCUGUCCAUUUCAAUUUACAUAAAUUGGAGCUUUUUGUAUGUGGAUCUUCACCUUUUUAGACAAUAAACCAUAUCCUGGAAUGAAUUAAAAACCCCAGAGUAAAUCUCCUGAGUGAGCUAUCUAUACUGCAUAGACAGUUGAACGGAAUUUGACCCUGACUGGUUUAUGCAAACAUUUAUUUUUCUUAAUUCGGUAAAUGUCAUUGCAUGUCCCUACCAUUUCAUUCUUACCGUGGAUUGUUGGAUAUUAAGGCUGUGACCGCUAAUGGCACAGCUAGGGAUGUCUGACUUCAUAUACCUACCCAUAAAAACUUAAAUUGUAAUUUGAAAAGGAAACUGCAUAUUGAAGAACAAAAUAGAGUUGGCGAGCACCUAUACACAAAGUCCUACUCCUCGAAAGCCCUAUUUAAGAAAAAUGGUGUAGAAAUCCUAGUGCACAGGCGCUGCCCGUUUAAGACCCUCACCACCCAUUCUGACACAGCUGGCAGGUACAUAAUCCUCACGGGGACCAUACAGACCACCAUUUACCACUUGAUAAACCUUUACGCUCCCAACCAACCCGACCCAGAGUUCUGGGAACAACUACACAACGAGAUACAGGCUCUAACACAUGGGGUGUUAAUAGUUGGGGGAGAUUUCAAUUCAACGCCUUGCCUGGCGACAGACCGAAGUUCACCAAAGGGGACGCGAUGGCCGCUAGGGGGACAAGAUAAGUUACUAGCCAAAUGUGGUAAAUCUAGCCACUUUUGGAUCACAUUGCUGUACCUGCAAAGGUUGUCUGUACAAGCCGCUGGACUGUUGUAUUCCAAUGUAUGCCUGUAAUGUUAUACCAUAGAGCAUUCGUAUGCUAGCAGCCGAAAGCCGCUAGCAUUCAUAUGUUCGUUUCACGAACAGGGACUUUACCUGCUGUUCGUGAAACGAAUAAAGUACCGAAAAGGAGCCCACACACAGAGGGUCAUGUGGCUCCCAUUAGCCGAUUGCAACAUUGUUGCAAUCGGCAGUUAAUUAUGUUCCUAGGUGGCCGUCGUUCGGCUACUGACCACGCGGUGGGCGCCCAUCUUGGAUCCUUUGUUCACCCAGCGGUGUUUGGUCAUCGAGCACGUGGAACUAAAAUCGGCUAUUCGACGGGGUGAACACCGCUGGGCUUCCAGGCGUUCGGGAGCUCCGGUCUUUCAAUAUUGUGUUUCCCCAUCGGUGUUCGGUAUUUUCAGGUGAACAUGAUGUGAAAGUGUAUUUCGUGCGGUAUUCUCACGAAAGGUGCGCUCAGACCCCAGCUAUCUACCGAACGGUCGUUCGGUAAUAUAAGGUGAAUAAUGUACAAGUUAUGCAUUUUUAUGUAAAAUGUUAGUUCUGCUGCCCGGAGGGAUAAUCCACUUAACGGGAUAUUUCAGUGGGAGUAUCCCUCCCGGGCAGCAGUGCCUGAUGGGAGAAAUGUCCAGAUUGUGAAGUCCCCCAUGUAGUCCCCUACUGUAUAACCCCUGAAAUGUCAGUAGGGAAACCCCUUGCAUGGGGACUUGCAUAAAUACUGUGACCUGUGAAUAAAAGCUCAGUUGACUCCCAGAACUGUGUUUCGUCCGGUUACUGGGGGAUUUGGGAUAUUGCCUUACUUUUCAGCGCUUUACUUUUGUAUUACUUUCUGUACCAGCGGAGAUCUUGAGAUUUAAUAUUGCAGCUACGCUACACCAAAUUCAUACAAAAAAUGAAAUUACUGGACCCCUGGAGGUUACAACACUCCGAGACUAGGGAUUACUUUUUUUAGUCGGCGGCCCACUCAACGUUCUCCCAAAUUGACCUCUUCCUGACGAACCAAGGAGUUAUCCCAUGGAUCCAGUCCGCGCAAGUUAACCUCAUGACGUGGUCGGACCACGCAGAUAUCGAACUCACACUAAGAUUGCCAGGUGCCACAUCCCCAUGGAAAUGGGACUGAACGACGCACUAUUAAAAGACACAGAGCUGGCAAAACAAAUACAGGACGAACUAACUGCCUACUUCGCAAUAAAUGACACACCAGACCUAACACAAUCCAUGAUAUGGGCCGCCCAUAAAGCGGUCAUAUGCGGAACCUUGAUUAAAAUAGCGACUAGACGUAAGAAACUAAAAGCCGAAACCCUUUUUGAGCUCCAGAAGGCGCGGAAAUGUGACACAAUCACCCACAACUCGGGGACUUCAAGAAAUUAGGGUCAUACGACAUAAGAUACGAAACACAAAGCAGUAGAAGACCUGGGGAGAGACUAAAUCCGCAAGAGAUGUCUCUUUUAUGAGCGCGCCAAUAAAAUGGCUAGGGCACUAAACCCCAAAUCGAAAUUUCACACAGUAAUGGCCCUACGAGACGCGAGCGGACGGGUAACCCACAACACUACAGAAACAAACCAAAUCUUCACAGACUACCUCACUAAAAUAUACAACCACUCUCCAGAUCUGAAUGAUGGCAACAAAGCCUAUGACCAAGCGGUCAGAAACUUCGUGGCCAAGACCAAACUGCCCGAGCUGGGACACGAAGCACUACAAGCACUAGGGGCUCCAAUAGACGAAGACGAAUUCGACAGAGCAAUAACCGCCCUGAACGGCGACAAGGCCAGACUGGUUUGGCCAGACUGGUUUGGCGGCACAUACUACAAGACCCUGUGGGAGACACUGACCACUCGACUGGUGGGGGUGUUUGGUGACUGGAUGGCGGGCACGAGCCCGAACCCAGACAUGGCCGACAUCACACUCAUCCCCAAGCCCGGAAAAGACACAACAGAUGCGGCAAACUAACGACCUAUCUCUCUCAUAAACUUUGAUGUGAAGCUAUUCGCAAAAAUCCUGGCAACAAGGCUAAACCCCUGACCACCCGGGUCCAUCCGGACCAGGUGGUUUUCAUGCCAUCGAGACAACUGUAUGAGAACAGACCUCAUAUGGAGGGCGCGGAGGAUGGGGACGCCUUCUCUGAUACUCUCGCUGGACGCGGAGAAGGCAUUCGACAGGGUCCAGUGGCACUUCCUCUUCACACUACUGAAACACCUACGAAUGCCGGAUCCGUUCAUCAUAGGGAUUAAAGCCCUAUACACAGAACCCAGGGCACAAACAUACAUACCGGGAUCGACCCCGACCCCCUUCAGACCUAGAAAUGGCACCAGGCAGGGAUGCCCCUUAUCCCCCCUGCUGUUUGUCCUGGCACUGGAGCCACUCCUACAACAGAUCCAGAUAAACAAGACAAUAGAGGGACUGCGGGUGGGUGGGGAAGGAAUAUAAAGUCGCGGUGUACACGGACGAUGUAAUAAUAACACUCGCCAACCCUCGGCACUCUCUACCCCAACUGUUGGCCCUCCCUGGGGAAUACGUAAACGUGUCGGGUUAUAAAAUCAAUCUAGAGAAAUCGGUAGCCAUGCCGAUUGAGAUGGAUCAGGAUGAGAUUACCAGGAUAAAAUCAAUGUACCCACUAAAGCUCACAACCACCAACAUCCCAUCCAAACUACCUGCCCCGCUAUCCUCAAAUCCAUAAGGAUUUGGGGCCUAACAGCCACCAUUAUGCAUUAAAACACAUGCACUCACCCCGUACCUACGAAAUGGGGCGUUUGAGCCCGGGCUGUGUUCGCGCUACUUCAGAGGCAUCGAGGAUACUGGGGUCCAGAGAUACCACCGAUACCACCACUUCUACGAAAACGGAACAUUCGACUACCUAAAAACCCUCGCCACCCUUGACCACGAAAAAUGUAUUUUAGAUACAUACAACUACAGGACUUCGCUAAAAAUCCAGCGAUACGGAAUGAUGCCCAAACCCAAAUGACGUUCUACGAACGACUGUGCACUUCAAAGACUGAACAGAAAGGCCUUAUUUCCACCAUAUACACACAACUCAGUGCACCAGACAAGGACGACAAAGAACCCAGACAUAUUGGACAGUGGAAGACCAACUUGGGACAGGUACUAGAGGGAGAGGACUGGGCGGACAUUUGGGAGGCGACUGCAAAAACCUCAAUAUGCGUUCUACAACAAGAACAAACUUAUAAAAUGCUGAUGAGGUGGUACACCACCCCAGUGCAACUACAUAGAAUGGGUAAAACCAUGACACACAUUCUGGAAAGGGUGUGGGGAUAAGGGCACGUUUAAGAAUAUGUGGUGGGACUGCCCACAAGUAGGCGGAUUCUGGAAAAGGGUACAGACAUUACUUACGGACGUCCUGAAGAAACACAUUGAUCUGGACCCCUGGUCCAUCCUACUGUGCAAACCCACGGACGGCCUCCCAAGGAGGGAGCAACAGCUCCUUAACAAACUCACACUGGCGGCUCGACGAGCCUUAGCCCAGGCGUGGAUGAAACCCAUAGUUCCGUCAAUAAACUACGUCAUAGUGAAGCUCAAGGACACAUAUCUGAUGGACAAACUCACAGCCCAGGUCAGAAACACUAAAAACCUCUCUCACAAAAUCUGGCAACCCUGGGAGGACUAUGCCGGGGACUAAUCACCACUAAAUUACAUAGGACCAGAAACAGGAGACUGAGGGCUGGGAGCGACCCACCAUGCAUCCCAGCACCAAACCCCAAACAUAACAUGGUAGAAAAUAGCACCAGAAGCCACUGGGCAUGCACACUACACUGGAACAGCUCGACAAUAGUUAACACCUAUCCGGGCCCUGGGUGGAGAACCCUGACAGGGCCACAACCCAUUAACAAAGUCCCAAGGAGGCAAAUGCCAAAGAUUCCUGUGGGGUAGGACCAAGGCUGUAAGACCAAGCACCACGCCCAAACCCCGAGGUUAAUUAACCUUGCUGGCCCAACGGGCACCAACUCCAAAAAAUGUACACAGUAAAAUAACAGAAAAUGUGGUGCACCACCAAAUUUGGAUAGAUCUCUACUACUAGGAACUGGCCUCACCUUUGCUGUAGGGACCAGUGCUGAAUGAUAUUUUUACUAUUAUAGAUAAAAAAAACUUGGCGUCGGGCGAACAUCCUCAGAGUAUAACCCUUUUAUAUGUGAAAACGCUGUAUGAAUGUACCCAGAAUACCAAUGCAGAGAUACCCGUAUGUAACAAGAAAUGUAUGUAUUUUCUAAAUCUCUGCACCUGUGCAAGCUGACCAAUGUUGAUGUAACGCCUGAUAUGUCAAGACAAAAAUAAAGAAAUAAAAAAGAGUUGGCGAGGGUAAUAAAGAUUGCAAUUCCUUUAUUUAUUUUAAUUCUUUGCUUUAGUAUCUCAUCUGUCCAGUUAUGAAAAGGGAUCUGCCUUCCAUCAUUGGAUAGCUAUACUGCAACCAGAGCCCUGUGUCUUAGGAUAGUUCAUUUCCUUUAUAAGCCAUUUUAUUAGGGUACUUGGUUGAGGACUAAAAUGCCCCCUUGUGAAGGCACCAUCUUGUAUUUCGAAUCUUCGUAGGCACAGGUUGUCUCUUGUGUGACCGUGUUUUAUGCUCUAACAAUUUCCAUCUCUGAACAGAGAACGAGGAGACGGAGGGCAGUGAUGUCCCUGCUGAUUAUAUGUUUGGAGACGUUGAGGGAGACGAAGAUGAACUUUACAUGAUGGAACAUGAACCUCCUGGUAAGUCCUUUUGCAGGAAACUUCAGACCUGUGUAUAUCUUUCUAGAACAGGUCCUGUGUUUGAGGCACGUAUAUUGAGAAUGUGGAAAUGGAAUCAAGACAACUGGAUAGUGAGUGGUCUCUGCUCUCCCAAACAGAUUGACAAAAACCUGGGGGUAACCCCCAUAGCCUGUACUGAGCUACAGUGGUUAUUUUAUUUAAAGUGUGCCUUUUAAUAAUAAAACAAAACUCUUGGGGUAUGUCUGCUUUCUGAAAUGGAACUAACAGAGCAUCUCAAGCAGAUCCAGGUUUCCCAAGAUACCAUGAAAUCGUGUCAAUGCACCUAUUUUGCAGCUACCCUCCUGAUAAAGUCUUGUCUCUAUGAUAAGAUUAAUGUGUUCUGAAGCCUUUAGUUGGCCGAUCACCUGGUUGAUUUGUAUAAUAGUAUUUCCAAGAACUAGAAUACACUUGGCAUUUAUUUGCUAAACUAGACAUUGUGGUAACUGACAAAAUCACUGCAAAUUUUAGAGCAAACUAAGUUUUUAAAUUCGGCUAAAAAUGUUUUGCUUUUAUUGUUGGCUCUCAACAGUUGUCGGUUAAGUGCAUAAAGACCUCAUUAUGAAUUUCUUAUUCAUUCUGCAGCUGAGGAACAGGAGUUGGUGCUUCCACAGGAGGGAUUUAACUUGCGUCAUGAAAUCACAGAAGACCCCUCCGCUUUAGACCACCUGCAGGAGAAGGCCGAUUCCCCCCACGUGAGUGGCAACGAGGCAGAAGCAGUGUCUCUGACUCCAGUGGAGUCUUUCUCUCUUAUCUCCAUCUCCCAUGCCCUCUAUGAAAACAAACUGCCCUCCGACUUCUUCAGCCCAAUCGUGCGUGACAUGCUGCGCUUCUACGCCGAGCAGGGAGACGUGCAGAUGGCCGCGUCUGUCCUCAUCGUGCUUGGAGACCGAAUACGCAAAGAGAUAGACGAACAAACACAGGUACUAAAAGGUUGGCCUGGUGUUAAAAGUGGCUAAAACAGGAGGUUUCCUAAAAAAAUUUUAUUGGGCACUGGAUGCCCACCAAUAACAAUGUUCCCAUGAACUUAUGUGGAAUUCUUAAUCACAACAGCUUUAAACCGUUGAAGGCAUUGUUUGAUGCAUUAUAACAUCUUAAUGCAUCUGCACAGCUGAAGUGUUCUGAUCAGUCAUAAUCUCUAAACAGGCUCUAUGCCUUGUAUUUGCACCUUGACAGCUGGCAAAUGCCUCUGAUAGGCACAGUCUGAUGGUGUAUACGUGUAAUAAACUGAGCAAGUGAUAAUGUUUAGGAAUGUGGGGAGCAGGGCUUGGCAGAAUGGAUGUGGUUUCCUUCUGAUCACUCAUUGACUGAAUGAUAAAACAUUGACCUGAACAUACCUACACUUGUACAUAGAUGUAGUCUAGUAGCAGCUUAAGGGUCUCUAUAACAGAGACCGCAAGGAAGAUCCUCUAGCAAACCAUACAAGUGUGACCUAAAGGGGAACUGCCACUUCCCAAGAUUUUUAACUUUCUAUUUAUGUAUCCCUGAAUAUGUAUGUAUUUAAUGAAUAUGUGAGAUGUUCUAAAGUAAAUGUAGAAAUUCUUACCUCAUUAGUCUACAACUCGAUGCCUCCAUCGCUCCUUGUCAAUCACUGUUAUAAGCUCUGUCCUUUUCACCUAGCUGUCAGUGUACAGAGCACAUUCUGAGAAGAGUAGAAAUAAAACCAUGUUUUCUGUUCUUACCUGAACUGGAUUAUCAUUAAGCUAAAUCUUUAAUAAUAUAAACAAUAAAGAUAACUGAGCAUGUCAUUAGAACACAGUUAACACAAUUUAUAGGUGAGUUUCUGCGUUUUAUAAAAUGGUGUGAAUUCCAGAAAUGUGACUAUUUCCCCUCUUAACUCUGUUCUAGGAGCACUGGUUCACCUCCUAUAUAGAUCUUCUUCAACGAUUCAAGCUGUGGAAUGUCUCCAACCAAGUGAUCAAACAGAGCACCUGCGGCGCCAUCAACUGCCUCAACCAAGCGUCCACCACUCUCCACAUCAACUGCAGUAACUGCAAGAGGCCCAUGAACAAGAAGGGCUGGAUCUGUGAUCGGUAAGUGCUGCCAGGAUUGUAGGGAGGUCACCUUCAAAAAUAUACCUGGACCCCAGUAGGAGCCUUGUUGUGGAGAUUAAAAAAUAAAUAAAUUUACUUUACUUAUUUUUCACAAAUUACACUGUUGCCAUGUAUCCGGGCUAUAUUAAUUCUCCUUUCCUUUGGUCUAGGUGCCGGCAGUGUGCCAGCAUGUGUGCGGUCUGCCACCAUGUAGUGAAAGGCCUGUUUGUCUGGUGCCAGGGCUGCGGUCAUGGAGGACACCUUCAACACCUCAUGAACUGGAUGCAGUCGAAUUCUCAGUGCCCGGCUGGCUGCGGCCAUCUCUGUGAAUACAGUUGAAUAAUAUAUAUUUUGCAAUAAAUCGGCAGCUCUCCUCCAAUCCCAUGGAGUGUUGACCACCAUAGACUCAAUCGAUGAACCCAACCCAGAAUACAGAAAAGGACCUUGUAAAUCUGCGUGUCCUUGGAACCGUUUUAAAAUGCUACAAUUGGAAAUAUUGGUUUGUAAAUAUGCUCUUUUAUGGAAAGUCGUCUUAUGUAGACGGUAUUGGAUACAUGUAUUGUGCUACCUACCCAGCCCUAACAAAAUCAAGUAGAUGAUUUCAGCCCUUCUUCCCCUUUUAUUAUAGACAUUGGAUGAAAAGAUCCUAAAAUCUCCCAUCUGACCUUUGCCAAGAAUGGCUGAAUAUAGGAAUACAAACCAUGCACCGAUCUCCAUUUUUGUUUUGUUUAUUUUUGUCCCUGCCCUCUUUUCUUGCACUAAUUUGUUACCAAACACCAGGCCAAUUACUAGGUCAGAGCAUGAACCAAGAGUCAGGCAGCUAAUUAUCUGAAACCAUUGCCCAGCAAAGCACUUGGUUAGCUAAACUGCCGUACAUCUACCACUGGCUGUGUCGGUCAUCCCAGACAAUUUGUGCCAUUAGUUCCUUUAGCUGCACAGAAUUGACACGCAGCAAGCAUGAACGGACAUUCAUCUGUUCAGAUUUAUUACGUGUUAUCCUUUCGACUUUUUAUUUUUUUUGAGGCUGAAGUGACCACUUUUUUCCUUUCAGAAGGAUAUCUAUUUUUGAAUUUGAGAUUGCUGACAUUGCCUCUAGGGUCAAAAAAAACACAGCCUUCAACUUAGCUGCUAGUUUUUCUGUAAUGGAUGUCCGCUCUGAAACUGGUCCUCGAAAAUUCUUUUAACCCCUUAAGGACACAUGACGUGUGACAUGUCAUGAUUCCCUUUUAUUCCAGAAAUUUGGUCCUUAAGGGGUUAAAAACCACACAAGCUUCCGUUAUAUCCUGUUCUGAAAAGGAGGAUCAGUUAGUGGAUGAGUUGUUGACAGAUUUACCUGUACUAAUAAUAGAGCCACCUUUUCAUCACAUAAGGAUGUUGACUGGACGAGAAUUUUUGGACAUGUGAGGAGACAAACCAUUGCAGAAGGCAGAUCAAACUCACUCCAGGACACAGUCAUGCUUUAAAAACACUUACGGUGAAGACCUGAGACCUAGGGUUUGGUACAACAAAGAGCUCACCAGUAUGGAUUUAUUCAGAGGUCAAUUGCCCCCCCCUGUUGCUUAAAUCAAAUUUUCUACCCUCAAAGAACCCCCAGCAGUGGAAGGUUCGAGGUUCCCCUCCUAUGAGCACAUUGGCUCUUUCAUUGGCACAGGUGGAUCUGUCAAAAUGACUCAUCUACGAAUUGAUCCCGAUGUGCUCGUGGGAGUGUCCCAGAACUAAACUACUAUUGUGGGAUCUGAAUACUGGAUUCCUCUCUCAAAAUACAAUUUUAGCAGAGCCCUGCGCUGCCCAGCCCCGCCCCCUCAUGUUUUAGAUAUCUUUAGAUUAUUCUCACCCCCCCUUUUUUCUUUUUGUUUUGAGGAUUUAUUUUCUCACAUUUGAACAUUUAUUUUAAUUUGUUUAACCCUUUUGAGGUAGGAUCGUGACCCGUAAAAAAAUAGUCCACUGAAAGGGUUAAAUGCUGAGCAGGAUCCAGGUUACCAUUAAAUUUUGUAGC